AUGGCGACUUCAGACUCCGACGGCGCUCUCCCCGCCUCGUCGGAGGCAGCAGCAAGUGGGUGGGAUGAUGGGACUGAGGCCAUAGGCGACUCCGACGAGCCUGACAGCAGCAGCAGCAGCAGCAGCAGCAGCUCGUUUGUCUUUGGGGAAACGGUUGCAGUGCAGCGGCCGCGGGCGCGUUACGCUUCAUACUCAGUGCCGCCUCCAGCAGCAGCAGCAGGAGCGCAGCAGCAGCAGCAGCAGCAGCAGCAGCAGCACCACAGGGGCGCGCGGUCGGGCCCGCCUCGGCGUGCGCGUGGGGCCUCCGCGCCCGCGCUGCAGGACGGCGCAGCAGCAGCAGCAGCAGCAGCAGCAGCAGCAGCAGAAAGCUGGGACAAGCGGUUCGCAACUUUCAAAGUCCGCUGCAUCUGGACUCUCAUUUUAGUUGCUCUUUUCUUCAUUGUCCUUGCUGCUGGCCACGCCUACUGCAUGCUGCUGGUCCUUUCCCUCAUUGUUGCCAUUUACAAGGAAAUCAUCCAGGUGUCGAUACACCUCAACAUCAGGGUGUACAUACACCUCAGAAAGUGCAGCAGCACUUUCGCGGGGCUUGGCCUGCCGUGGGGCCUGCUGCGGCUGCGCGGGCUGGACCCGCUGCUGCUGCAGCAAAUGCGCAGCUACCACUCGCUGGGCGUUUACGCCGCGGGCUUCGGGGGCUUCGUGGGCUUCGUGCUGUCGCUGCAGAAGGCGCGGCUGCGGAGCCAGUUCAGCCAGCUGGGGGUGACGCUGGGGGUGCUGCUGUUCGUGGUGUCGCAGUCUUUGAUUCAAAUUGCGAACAUCUACAGCGGGCUCUUGUGGUUUUUCUUUCCAGUUUCGCUGGUGAUAAUCAACGACAUCGCUGCGUACCUCUUCGGGACUGCAUGCGGGCGCCGGCGGCUGAUUCACCUGAGUCCGAAGAAGACGGUGGAGGGCUUUGCUGCUGCUGCUGCCACGCUGCUCUGGGGCUGGCUCGCUGCGCAGCAGCUGCAGCAGCACCCGCUCUUCUUCUGCCCCCAGCCCUUCAUCUCGCUCCGCCCCUUUGCUGCUCUCCACGAGCUCAGCUGCAGCCCCUCGCCGGUCUACGUGCCCCGCUGCGCCGACGCCUUGCUGCAGCGCUUCGGCCUGCUGCAGCAGCAGCCGCCGCUGCUGCAGCAGCAGCACCAGCUCCACCUCCGCCAGCUCGCGCUCCUCAGGCAGCAGCAGGCCGCCAACAACCAGGCCGCUGCUGCUGCGGAGCAGCUCGGCCUCCUCCGCCAGAUCCAGCAGCAGCUCCGCCGCGAGCAGCAGCACCACCAGCAGCAGCAGCACGCCCUCGCGCUUCAGCUGCAGCAGCACCAGCACCUCCACCCCGGCCCCGCCGAGCCCCCGCCGCACGCCCGCCAGCAGCAGCAGCACCUCCUCCACCAGCAGCACCAGCACCUCCAGCUCCAGCUCCAGCAGCAGCAGCAGCAGCAGCGCGAACUCGAGGAGGAAAUGCACCUCCACGACCGCGAAGUCGCCCAGCUGCAGCAGCAGCAGCAGCAGCUGCUCCAGCGCGUCGACCUCCUGCAGCAGGAACGCGAUCAAACUGCUGCGCAGGAAAAACAAAUCUGCACUUCUCUCUUCGAAUCUCCUUUUUCUUUCCAUGCUCUUGUCUUGGCUUCUUUUGCUGCUUUCUUCGCUCCCUUCGGAGGCUUCUUUGCUUCCGGAUUCAAACGCGCUGUCCGCAUCAAGGACUUCGGGUACUUCAUUCCGGGCCAUGGGGGAGUGACGGACCGCUUUGACUGCCAAGUGGUGAUGGGCCUUUUUACAUUUCUUUAUCAAAAGACUUUUGUGCCUCAAGUGGGAGAAGCAGAAGCAGCAGCAAGAAGAACUGCGCAGCAGCAGCA